CUCAACCAAAAUAACCAUUACCAAAAAUAUAAUAAUACUAUAUAUUAUAGCCUCAAGGAGAAGAUAGGAAAAGCAGGUACACACAUACAUAUAAUACAAUAGAGCAGAGAGAGAGAGAGAGAGAUAAAAUAUAUGUGUCAUAGAGUACAGAGAGAGAGAGCACAAACAACGAGGUGUAUUCUGAGUUUGGUUAUAUAUAAAUUUUGAUCAUUCUCUGAACCUUUGAAAGGAGUAACUUUUUUUUUGGGUUUUGGAUUUGGGAUUGGAUUUUGUAUCUGGGUCUGUUUGGAAAAGAUUCAAAGAAAGAUGACGAGCUCGUCGGAGUUUUGUGAGUUUUCAGGGCAAAGGCAAGGGAAGUUGCCGGAAAAGGCAAGCUUUUCUCAGAGGUGUAGCUUGCUGAGUCAGUACCUUAAGGAGAAGGGUUCCUUUGGAGAUCUCAGCCUCGGUAUGACUUGCAACAUCGAAUCCAACGGGACACCUGAGAUGUACCGUCAAUCAGCCUCAACAAUGAAUUUAUUUCCGGUGAAUGAGAAAUUAAGUGAUGUUUCAGGCCAAAGCGAGGCGGCCAAUCGGAACCUUCAAUCCAUUGAUCUGUUCCCUCAACCUGCUGGGUUUACUACUCCAUUUCCUAAGGAGGAGGUCCCAAAGAUUGCUGACUCUAGAUUGAACAAGCCUGCCACAGCAGAGCCUGAAAAGGCCCAAAUGACAAUAUUCUAUGGUGGACAAGUAAUCGUGUUCAACGAUUUUCCAGCUGACAAGGCAAAGGAAGUGAUGCUAUUAGCAAGCAAGGGAACCCCCCAGAGUCACAACACCCCCUUUGCUUCUAAUCCGGCUACUAACAACCAGCCUGCCUUUGCUCCUAACUUGGCCAGGAACUCUGCUGAAUCCAGCACUUCAAUUGCUACUAGCUCUAGCGGCGUUGUUCCUCCAAAUUUUGGCAAUAAAGUGAUUAGCGAAUGCGCUCAACCAUCUCCUCAACCUCUUGCUGCUGAUUUACCAAUUGCAAGGAGAGCUUCACUGCACCGAUUCCUGGAGAAGAGAAAAGAUAGGAUCACUGCAAAGGCACCAUACCAAAUAAACAACCCAGAGGAAGCCCUCCCAACUAAGCCAGCUGAAUCCAAGCCAUGGCUAGGCCUGGCUGCUCAGCUAAAGCAGUAGUUAAUUUUUAUAUUCAAUUUUAGGCAUUUUACAAUUCAAGCCUGCUUUCCUUCUCUCCUUUUUUUUAGUGGGCUUUUAAAGCCUACUUUAUAAUAUGUUUUCACUUUUAGCUUCGGCUCUAGUGAACCUGCCUUUAGAUCUAACUUUCGAUGAAUCUUAGUGAUGUAAUUAAAUUUGAUAUGAUUAUUAUCUGAGUUCUGAUAAUUUUGAAUGGAUAAAUGAACUAAUUAAUUUUUCAA